CAUCAGUCAUCAGUCGGCGCCAUUGGUCAGGAGUUUGAUAACACGUGGGCUCUAAUGUCAACUCCCAACUAACUGAUUGAUCAAUUUUUGGAAAUUUAUCAAUUGCAUUUAAAAGUUGUACAUUCUAUGAGAAAAUAGUUAUUCUCAAAGUAAAAUGCAAAGAUUCAAAAAAUUGUUCCCUCUAAAAAGGUGUGUCACUUUCGGCAUGAUUCACGUUGGACCAUUGCCAGGCACACCAAAAUACCAAGGAUCAGUUGAGAAUCUUAUUGAAACUUCCUGUUUGGAAGCUGAGAUCUUCAAAAAAUGCUCCAUAGAUGCAGUUAUUAUAGAAAAUAUGCACGAUGUGCCCUACAUUCAUCAUUCGAAAAUUACACCAGAAGUAACUGCAAUGAUGACGAGGAUUUGUUCUGCUGUUAGACAAUUACUGCCAAGGAGUAUCAAAUGUGGAGUACAGAUUUUAGCUAGUGCAAACAAGGAAGCACUAGCAGUUGCUCAAGCAGCAAAUUUAGAUUUCAUCCGAGCCGAAGGAUUUGUUUUCGGCCACGUUGCAGAUGAGGGAUACACAGAUUCUUGUGCUGGAGACUUGUUGAGAUAUCGGAGGAAUAUACAGGCUGACAAUAUAAUGAUCUUCACAGACAUAAAGAAGAAGCACAGUUCGCAUGCCAUAACAUCAGACAUUACUAUAGAAGAGACAGCUAAAGCAGCCGAGUUUUUCUUGAGUGAUGGUGUAAUUGUCACAGGAAUGACUACGGGACAUGCUGCCAAUGUUGAAGAAGUUUCAGGUGUCAAGAAAAGCGUAACUAUCCCAGUUCUUGUUGGAUCUGGUGUGACCUCUGAUAAUGUAGGCUCUUUCAUUGGAAAAACUGAUGGAGUGAUUGUUGGAACUCAUUUCAAAAAGGACGAGAGAUGGGAGAACAUGGUUUCCGAGGAUAAAGUCAAAAAGUUCAUGGACAAAAUGAUGUCAUAUGCUAAUAAAACUGCUGGAGAAACAUUUUAAAGGAUUUCAAACUAAUUUGAAAUCUAUUGAUAAAUGAACUUGAUUACAUUUCCUGUAAACGUGAUUGGUCAAUUAUAGUAAUAGAAUCAAUUCCUUGAAUAUAUUUGGAAUUACAAAAAUAAGAUGAUAAUUCCCAAUACGUAUUGAAUAGUGUGUUUUAUUGUGUUCAAAAUAAAGCAUUUUAUUCUAUCAAAUAUUAAUUUAUUAUUCUAUAAUCAAAUAAACAAACAUACAAUUAUUACAAAACAUUGAGUCAUUGAAAAAUCCUAGAAGGUCAUCUAGGUAUAUCUCGAAAUUUCUUAUGAACAUUUGAACUAAACGAGUAAGCUUCAAUUGAAUAACUCAGUUUUUCAUUUACUAGAAUGAAUUCAUUUAUCAUAUUUUACAGUUAGAGUGAGAAUAUAUAUAUAUAUUUGAAUAUUCAAGUUAUGUCAAGAGCAAUAAAACUUCUUUCAUGUAUCAUCAUCAAU